AUAAAAAUGUUUUACGGCAGUUGUGCAUUACUUUAUCUUUUACUCACACAGAUAAUAAAUAUUGAAGAUCUGCUCUGCUCAAAUUAUACAGGGCCACCAUCAUAAAAAUCACAAAAAGAUAUGAUAGCUUUAUUAUUUUCAACCAAAUUAUCGAACGUCGGUAAGUUUGAUUUCCGAGAAUUUUGUGCAUUAUUCAAAACGUGUAUGAAAUAUGAAAGGUUGUGCUGUUUAUACUGCUAUCAGAGAUGUAAUGAAACGGAAUUGAGAUAGGCAAUGGCCUUUGGCUACUGAGCCAGAACAGUGCUGUCUGCUAUGCAAAGAGAACAGAGCGGGAAAAACCACAACCUCUGACGACGUGGACGGUGACUUACUAAGUUAUAGAAUACCAUUGAUGCUUUUAACCUAAAUCUUGCAAACCACUUUUUUAAGAAAAAAGGUCAUAAUGAUAUGUUCACUGGUUCGUUUUGGACUGACGUCAUUAGCUGUUUUCGGGACAUUACAAUUGGCGAGUGGACACCUAUGUAAUCUUUAUGACGUCACAAGCAGUCACUUGACCUCACUAACGACCUUGACGACCUCAGAGUGCGGCUUUAACUGCGGAGUGACUUCCGGGUGCAUGAAUUUUGGUGUGUGCCAUGACUCAUCUUCUGAUAAUUGUACAUUUUACAAAACGGUUUCCAAGACGAGCUGUGGACCUUCAUCUUCUGUUCUCUGUUUUCUUUUUACCAAGGAUAUGUGUGAAUCAUCGCCCUGCACAACGGUGGCACAAAUCUCUACCGCUGUAACAGAAGGGGCUGUUACAACAACAACAACAACAACCACCCCAGCUCCAACAACCACUGCAUCUCCCACAACAACAACUGUAGCUCCUACAACAACAACUGUCGCUCCUACAACAACAACUGUAGCUCCUACAACAACAACUGUCGCUCCUACAACAACAACUGUAGCUCCUACAACAACAACUGCUUCUACCACAACAACAACAACUGAGGAUCCCAUAUGUGUUGCAAACCCAGGUCUUUGUCAAAGAAAGUGAAUAAAUUUUCACCAAGAAAAAGACAAUUAUAGGAAAAAGUUCAGUACAAUUAGUUUCAUGUAAAUGAUGCAAUCGCGACUUCUCGGGCAUUUACGGCAGAGCUCGGAAAAAGAUCUCGAAUGUAUGACAUAGGCACCCAUGACAACCCCCUUUUUAUAAAACUUGAUAUUUAUACAACACAUUUUACGAUCUGUUGAGAUGUGGGUUAGACUUCACUAAAGUCAAUGAUAUACCCUAAAAUAUUCCAAAGAAAAGUUAUGUCUAGCUGAUACUAAUUAUAGUAGAAAGAGACUCCAGUUUGUAUAAAAUUCUACCAUCCGGAAAUGUUAAUACAUUCGAUGCAUUUUGCCGACCUCUGCCGGAAAGGCCCGAGAAGUUGCGAUUGGUACAUGAUGUUAUAUUUAUAUCGAUUUUUUUAAAACAUAACUACAUGUAUUUAAAAUAAAACAAAAAACUAUUCAU